AUGCCACCACUCAUCAGCGACACAAUCAAGAAGGACCACAGGGAGAUUGAAUCAUAUUUUGGCACAAUAAUCAGCUCCUCGAACCAGGAUGAGCAGACACGUUUCCAGAACCUAUUCACGUGGGAACUAGCUCGACACUCGAUUGGGGAAGAGCUGGUUAUCUAUCCUCUGUUUGAGAAGAUGCUAUCCGAUGGCGUGCAGAUGGCGAAUAAGGACCGCCAGGAGCAUAUGGAAGUCAAAAAGCAACUGAAGGCAUUCCAAAACAUGUCACCGGCGGAUACGCGAUUUAUUCCGGCUAUCAGGGAGCUGAUGGACAAUCUUUCCAAGCACAUCAAAGAGGAGGAGAAUGAAGAUUUGCCUAAGCUGGAAGGGGUCUUGUCUCAAGAGGAUAGUGAGAACUACGCCAAGACCUUUGACCGAACGAAGAUGUUCGUCCCUUCGCGUUCUCACCCUAGUGCACCAGACAAGCCACCAUACGAGACAGCUAUCGGGCUUCUAACGGCGCCCAUUGACCAUCUCGCGGACCUCUUCCGUAAAUGGCCUCAUACUUCGGGAAUGCCUAAUCCAUCUAAGAAAUAG